AUGAUCAGCGAUGAGCUGCUGACCUGGUUUGUCCAGGUGAUGAACUGGUACGUCGGCGCCCUCGUCGGCCCCCUCGGCCUCCUGUUCAACGUCAUCAACAUCGUCGUCUUCAUCAAACUGGGUUUCUCGGACACCACCAACAUCUCACUGCUGAGCCUGGCCGUGGCGGACACCGGGGUCCUGUUGACCACGGUGGGUUACUGCGUCAUGCACAGCCCCCCUCGUUCUCGACACGACGGUCAAGGAAGUCAGGGACGUGCUGAACUUUUCGGUGCUGGGCUCGUCGCACAUCCUGUUCAGCCGGAUCGCCGGGCUCUUGACGGCCUUCAUCACGAUGGAGCGAUUUUUGUGCGUCGCGUGGCCAUUUCAAGUGAGAUCUCUGAUCACGCCAGCGCGAACAACCGUUGUUGUCGUGAGCAUUUACGUGUUUAUGACGUGCAGCAGCAUCCCAAUUUUCUUAGCCAAUCAAAUCGGUACAAGCUACAACCCGGAGCUGAACGCAACCGUCUACGGCCUGGUGACGCUGCCAAACUCGGGAGAUCUCGAAAGCGUGACCCUGACCGUUCACAUGAUCGCGCAGAUGACGUCGUUCGUCGUGGUCGCAGGGUGCACCCUCGGGUUGAUUCGGUCGCUCGUCAGGGCCUCGAGGUGGAGGACCGCGACGACGUCGUCGUCGUUGCGGUUGGCGUCCGUUACGAGCGCCGACGUGUCCAGUCGGGACAAGCAGCUGGUCAAGAUCACCGUCCUCAUAUCCAUCGUGUUCAUCGUCUGCCUGCUGCCGACGGUGGUCGGCAACCUGGUGAUGAUCUUCGUCAAGGACUACAGCAUCAAGGGAAGUUUCAGGAACGUGUUCGUGUUCACGUUCAUCGUCUUUUACUUCCUGGACGCCGUCAACUCGACCGUGACGAUCUUCAUCUAUUUCAGACUGAGUUCCCGAUACAGGGCUCAAUUCGUGGCACUCUUUAG